AUGACCAAAGUGAACAUUGAAAGUAUAAAUAAAGAUGAUGGCGCAUUACCUAGAAGAAAUUUUAUGAAUAGUGUAAAAAGGAGAUGUACAAAUGUCUUUUUUUUAAUAUUACUAAUAAUAUUUAUUGGUGGUUGGAUUUUUAUAUCAUAUGAAGCUUUAAAAACGGCUGAUCCUAAUAGAGUUAUCCAUCCAACUGAUUCUAAUGGAAGAUUAUGUGGUGUUGAUAAACCUGGUUUUUAUAAUUUUUCAAACAAACCAUAUGUAUUAUAUUUUGAUUUGACAAAAUGUAUAUCAUGGAUUACAUUUUUAUCUGGAUGUCCAACUAAACAAGUAUGUGUUGAGAAUUGUCCAAAUAAAUAUUUUAGUUAUUUAGAACUUCAAGGAUCUAAUACAUUAUUAAAAAAACAAUUAAAUGAUAUGAUUUGUGUUGAUGAUAAUAUGAAAAAUGAAAUAACAUCAUUUAAUAUAUUAAAACAAUAUGUACAAAUGGGAUAUUGUACAGCAUAUACUGUUAAAAGUGUUCCAUGGCUUGGAAGAUGUAUACCACAAAUUUUUGUAAAUGCUAUUGAUUCUGUUGAAAAGUUACAAUCAUCUAAUGGAAGUUUAGAUAAAUUAAUAAGUAAUCUUGGAAAUGGUAAUGGACAGGUACCAUCAGAUAUGGAGUUAGCUAAUACAACAAAUAUAUGGAAUCAAGUUAAAUCAAAUCAAGGUAUUGUUGCAAAAAUUAUUUCUGAUAUUACUGUUACAUGGUGGCAGAUUAUUGUAUUUUUAAUAGUUGGUGCCAUAAUUUCUCUUUUAUAUAUUAUUAUAUUACGUAUUAUUGGUGGAAUGAUUAUAUGGUUAACUAUAUUUAUUGUUUUUGUUAUUCUUGGUACUGGUAGUGGUUAUUGUUGGUAUAGAUAUAAAAUUUUAAAAGAUAUUGGAGCUAUUGAUGAUUAUUCAUUUCAACCAAAUAUAGAUUUAUAUUUUAAAAUGCCUACAACAUGGAUGGUUAUAGCAAUUACUAUUAGUAUUAUAUUUGGAAUAUUUUCAUUAAUUAUGAUUAUUGUACGACAAAGAAUUAGAUUAGCAUUAUUAUUAAUAGAAGAGACAAGUAAAGCAAUUGGAAAAGUUACAUCAGUAAUAUUAUUUCCUAUUUUUCCAUUUAUUUUACAUAUAGGAAUUUUUUGUAUAUGGGCUACAGUAGCAUUAUGGAUUACUUCUUCUGGUGAACCUAAUUGUAGACAAGUUUUAAAUAAUUCAAUAAAUAAUAUUUCUGAUUAUGGAAAUGGACCAAAAUGUAAUUGUAGUAAUGUUGGUAAAGAAAUAGAUUUAACCUGUAAAUAUAUAAAUAUUACAAGAAAUGAAAAUAUAGUAAUGGGAAUGCAGGCAUAUAAUUUAUUUGGAUUUUUUUGGUUAACAUGUUUUAUAUCAUCAUUUCAUGAUAUGGUUUUAGCAGGAGUAUUUGCAUCAUAUUACUGGGCAUAUAAUAAAAAAAAAGAUAUACCAUUAUUUCCACUUUGUAAUUCAAUUUUUAGAACUAUUCGUUUUCAUAUUGGUUCUUUAGCUAUUGGGUCAUUACUUAUAGCUAUUGUAAAAUUUAUUAAAGUUAUACUUGAAUGGAUACAUAGUCGUUUAAAAGGAGCUGAAAAUUUUAUACUAAGAUUUUUAUUUAGAUGUAUGAAAAUAUUUUUUUGGUUAUUAGAAAAUUUUUUAAAAUUUCUUAACAAAAAUGCUUUUAUUUUGAUGGCAAUAUAUGGUAAACCAUUUUGGACAUCAGCAAAAGAUGCAUUUUCAUUACUUGCAAGAAAUAUAAUACGCGUAGUUGUAGUUAAUCGUGUUACCUCAAUAUUACUUUUUAUAGGAAAACUUUCUAUUACUAUAUGUUUAGGAUUUGUAUCAUUUCAGUAUUUUUCUGGAAAUUGGCCUAUAGAAAAUUUACCAAAAUUUUAUUUAAAUUAUUAUUUUACACCUGUUAUUAUAGUUGUUAUUGGAACUUACUUUAUAGCUGAUUUAUUUUUUGAUAUUUAUGAAGUUGGUGUUAAUACAAUAUUUAUGUGUUUUCUUCAAGAUUGUGAAAUAAAUGAUGGAAGUAUUGAUAAACCAUAUUAUAUGAAUAAAAAUUUAAGAAAAAUAUUAGGAAAAUACAAUAAGGAAGAAAAUUAA